AUGGAGCAUCCCUCCUUCAGCCUCCCAACUCUGCCGCCGGCGCCCAACCACUCCGCACCCAUCCCUCUGGGCUGGGGUCCCAACCUGACAUCCGGACGGGAAGCCCCAGCUCCGGGGCCGCCGCCGCCCGGCCCGCCCGGCCGCCUGCUCUACCUGGGGGCCGUCCUGGUGGUGGCCGCGGCGGGCAACGCCAAGGUCCUGUGCCGCCUGUGCGGCAGCGGCGGGCCCUGGGCGGGUCCCAAGCGCCGCACGAUGGACUUCCUGCUGGUGCAGCUGGCCCUGGCCGACCUGUACGCGUGCGGGGGCGCCCUGCUGCCGCCGCUGGCCUGGGACCUGCUGGGCGAGCCCCAUCGGGCGGCGAGCGACCACGAGUGCCGCUUCGUGCAGCUGCUGCAGGUCUCCGGCCGGGGCGCCUCGGCCCACCUGGUGGUGCUCAUUGCCCUCCAGCGCCAGCGCGCCCUGCGCCGCCCCCAGGGCGCCCCGCUGCCCAUCCGCGCCCUCGCCGCGCUGGGCUGGCUGCUGGCGCUGCUGCUGGCGCUGCCCUCGGCGUUCGCGGUGCGCGGGGCAGCCCCCUCGGCGCCCGCCGUCCGCGCCGGGCACGGAGGGCACCGCUGUCACUACAUCUUCGCGCCCCCGCCGCGCUGGCACCGGCAGGUCUACGCGCUCUACGAGGCCGCCGCGGGGUUCGCGGCGCCGGUCGCGGUCCUGGGCGUCGCCUGCAGCCGCCUGGUCCGCGCCUGGAGGCAGCGCCCGCCCCCGGCCCCGGCAAGUCCCGGCCCAGCCCCGGCCCCAUCUGCCGGGGCGCCCACCGCAAGCCCCGGCCCAGCCCCGGCCCCAUCUGCCGGGGCACCCACCGCAAGCCCCGGCCAAGCCCCGGCGGCCCGCGCGCUGCCCCGCGCCAAAGCGCAGAGCGUGAAGAUGAGCCUGGUCCUGGCGCUGCUGUUCGCGGGCUUCCAGCUGCCCUACUUCGCCGCCCGGCUGGCCGCGGCGUGGUCGUCGGGACCGGCGGGAGAGUGGGAUGCCGAGGACCUGGCGGCGGCCCUGCGCCUCGUGGGGGCGGCGAACAGCGCCCUCGAUCCCUUCGUCUACCUCUUCUUCCAGGCCGGGGACUGCCAGCUCGGGCGGCGGCUGGGGAGGCGCCUGGGCGCGGACUGCUGCGCGCGGAGGGGAGUCACGGAGGACGACGAGGGGCCCCACGGCCUCCAGGCGCUCCACCGCCACCGCUGGCCCCAUCCCCACUAUCACCACGCUCGGCGGGAGCAGCCGGGGAAGGGCUGCCUGCGUCCCCCGCCGCCGCCCCCCUGGCCGCUGCCCUGCUCCUGCGAAAACGCAUUCUAG